UUUCCAACUGGCAUUCCUGUGCUUCGUUGGAUUCGCAAAUCUCUAUGCUGUCAGAGUUAACAUCAGUGUCGCCAUUGUCGACAUGGUGGCUAACCGUUCAGUUAGCACAGAAAACAACACGGUGACAUAUGAGCAAGAUUUUCCAUGGGACUCAAGAGUGCAGAGCCUAGUGCUGAGCAUGUUCUUCUAUGGCUAUGUGCUCACACAGCUGGCAGGUGGCUGGCUAGCUACUCGGUUUGGUGGUGCUAGACUCGUAGGGAUAGCAGUCGCUGGCUCUGUACUGUUGUCAGUUUUCACACCACCCCUUGCCUAUUCCAGCUUAUACCUGCUGAUGGCUGCUCGUGUCCUUAUGGGCUGUUUUCAGGGAAUGGUAAUGCCAGCAAUGAAUGAAAUGUGGGUGUAUUGGGCACCAAUUGAAGAACGCUCUCGUUUGAUUACAAUUACUUUGUCUGGCUGUUCAUUUGGUACUGUAAUUGCAAUGCCAGCAUCUGGAAUCAUAGCUUCUUCACUCAGUUGGCCUUUUGUGUUCUACAUAUUUGGAGGAUUAGGAUUACUAUGGUAUGCAAUUUGGGUGCCAUGUGUGAAGAAUACUCCAGAAAAUGACACCAGAAUUUCAGUAGAAGAGUUAAAAUACAUCACUGAAAGGAAAGACUAUUCAGCUCAAGAGAGUAAGACUAUUAAAACUCCUUGGCUUAAAAUAUUCUCAUCACCACCAUUCAUUGCAACUGUCAUAUCACAUUUUGCAGCUAAUUAUGGACUUUUCAUGUUUCUGACAGAAUUACCUACUUUUAUGAGUGAUACUCUUAAUUUUGAUCUCCAGAAAACAGGAUUUCUUUCUGCUCUCCCCCACUUAGUGAUGUGUAUUGUCCUUCAGAUCUCAGGUCACUUGUAUGACUACUUAAAUAAGAAGAAAGUUCUUUCUCCCACACUGUUGCGAAAGUUGUUUCUUUGUGGAUCGUUUACCAUACAGGCUGCACUUUUAGUGCUAGCUUCUUAUCUCAGGAUACCUGCAGCAGUUGCACUGUGUCUAACAAUGUGUCUGGGGGCAGGUGCAUUAUGCUAUACAGCUCUGUGCUCAUUGUUUAUGGAUCUGUCACCAUUACAUAGCAGCAUAUUAUCUGGAAUUUCUUCCACUGUGGCAAAUUUAUCUGGAAUGAUUGCACCAGUUGUAGCAGGCUUUAUUGUGCGGAACAAGACUACUGAAGAGUGGAGAAUUGUUUUCUUCAUUGCUGCUGCAGUUUAUGUUACAGCUGCUUUAAUUUUUGGUGUUUUGGGAUCAUCCGAAAGGCAGCACUGGGCAAAAGAGUCUGUAGCAGCUGGUGAUAAUAACAAGCCACAUGAAAAAAUAAAUAUAAGUGAAACAAAAGAUGUAGUGACACAUAUGUAAUGUAAUUUCUAGUAAUUUUAAUGUAGCUGGUCUUUGUGAUGUUGUGAUAUGAA